AUGUGGCGGGAUCGCACCAACCUCUACAUCUCCUACCGCCAGUCCUUCACCCACCACCCCGCCAAGAAGCCACGUUUCCUCGGACCCUCCAAUGGCUUCUCCGACAUACCCUCCCAACCCGAAGAAAGCCGGCGGCUGAUCUCCGAGCCCGGUGGCCAGGACGAAGAUGGGGACAUGGUCAUUGAGAUGGACCUUCUGCCCCCGCGCUGGGUUGACGUGCAGGAGGAGGUGUCGGAGCUGCUGACGGAGAUUGCACAAAAGUCGUCCCAGCUCGACAAGCUGCACCAGAAGCAUCUGCUGCCUGGGUUUGGUGACGAGGACGUCCGGAAGAAGGAAGAAGGUGUUAUCGAGCGGUUUACGCAGGAUAUCACCCGCGGCUUUCACGAUUGCCAGAGGGCUAUCCAGCGCAUCGAGAUGAUGGUGCGCGAUUCCAAGCAGCAGGGCGGUAUCACCGGCGGCGAGGAGACUAUGGCCAAGAAUAUUCAGAUCUCGCUUGCCUCGCGUGUCCAGGAGGCGAGUGCGCGCUUCCGCAAGAAGCAAAGCACCUAUUUAAGGAAACUCCGAGAUCUUGAAGGCCUUACGACGCCGUUUGACCGCGCACCUACCCCGGUUCAAAACCCAUACACGGAUCCCUCUCUAAUGGAAUCGGAUGCGGACCGGUCAUUCUCACAAACCAUGUUGAUGCAAACCUCCCAACGAGCGACAGGCCAGAAUGACGCCGCAAUCGCACAACGAGAACGCGAAAUCAACGACAUCGCCAAAGGCAUUAUCGAACUUUCUGACAUCUUCCGCGAGCUGCAAUCACUGGUCAUCGACCAGGGGACUAUGCUAGAUCGCAUCGACUUCAACGUGGAAAGAAUGGGCACCGAGGUCAAGGCAGCCGAUAAGGAACUGAAAGUGGCUACAAACUAUCAAAGCCGCACCACCAAACGCAAAGUCAUGCUGCUCCUGGCGCUGCUGGUCAUCGGCAUGGUCAUUCUGCUGGUCGUCAAACCCAAGAAACACGGCUCCUCCCCGAAGCCCGAAAACGAAUCUUCUAACAACAUCCGGUCGGUGCUGGCUUCCAUAGACCGGAGGCGGCGUCACUCUCCGAACCACUUUGCGCGAGACCGCUGGAUGGAUCCUGAUAUAUUUCGAUGA